UUCGUUCGAGCGCUAGUGCUUUUUUCUGCCGACUGUUUCCGUUUAGUUAUUUUAAUGAAGUUCAUUCAAUUUAAGCAAAAAUAAUGCGAAAAACGUUCCCAAUUAAUCACGACAUUACCUGCGACAGCAGCCAAGUGUUUUCCGGUGCACAGAUCUGUGAAAUAUCGCCCGAAGUGUUCGCGAAUGAAACCGAAGGCAGCGUGCUAUGUUUGCCUCCCGGUGUUCCGGUUUUGGUUCAGUUGUCCAACGGGAAGCAGUUCCUCUGUCGGUUGUUUGCUCCACCGGAUAGGCAUUUAAGCAAUAGGACAGUGUGUUUUGUGGACGAAUGUGUGCAGUUCUGUGGUGGGAGUUAUGUAGUUGGAGCGGAGAAAGACGUUCCCCAGGUUAAGGAGCUGGAAGUGAUCCUGGAAGAGUUGUGUUCCUUCCAACGGAUCAGGGUGGAUUUGAGUAUCGAUUGCUUCAGAUUGGAUUUGGAACUGCUGAUCAAUGAGAGCCAACUUUUAGCCUUGGUAAAGGGUCUUUUACGGACACUUUUUGUAAGCAAGGGUUGUCUUGUAAAACCUGAAGAAAAAUCAAAUUGUGGAAUUGUUGAAAUCGGGGUGGUCACAACGGCUGGGCCACAUAACUUUGGUUACAUUGACACCGGAACAAAGAUUGACAUUGGAACGAUAAGCUUCAACAAGGCAUCGGCUAAAGUCCUAGGAGGAUUGAGUGAAACCAAAGAAUCGCUUUUGAAAGCACUAGGAAGAGGGUCCGAAAACAUAUUAAUAGCUGGUCCACCUGGUUCCGGUAAGUCUUCACUGAUAGCAGAACUGGCCAGGGACGGUAAUCAUCCAGUAUUCGAAGUACGUGGGUUGGACUUCAUAAAGUCACACCCGGGCGAAACGGAGUUAGAGUUGCGCAAAAUAUUCGAGCGGUUGAUUAGCUUCAAUAAACUAUUCCACAGAACAAGUCCCGCUAUCCUUGUGGUGAAGGAUGUAGACACGCUCUGUCCAAAACUGGACUACAGAAAAGGAGAGGAUGUAUCGAACAUUUCAAGGAUAUCAUCCCAGUUUACAUCCCUAUUGGAUUGCCAUCAUGGAAGGGAUAGUGGAAUUCUUGUAAUCGCAACAAGUUCGAACAUUGAAAGCCUUGACGCAAAAGUUCGCCGACCUGGAAGACUUGGUACCGAAAUAUAUGUUCGCAUGCCUUCAGAGACUCAAAGGAAAGAAAUCAUCGAAGCUGUGCUGAAAAGAACAGGGUUUUCUUUGGAGGAAUCCGACCUUGAUGAAAUCAUUCGCAGAAGUCCAGGAUAUGUUGGAGCCGACUUGGAGCUUCUAGUAUACACGAUCCAGAGGACGUUGAGCAGACAACCAUGCCAAGAUGUGCAGUCAGCGAUAGAAGAUUGUAUAAAAAAGAUAAGACCAACUUCGCUACGUAGCUCGAUUGGUCUCAUAAGUGGACUAACGCAAACCCUUGAUUCCAUUGGCGGCAUGGAUGAGCUGAAGAAAGUCCUUCGCAUAUCAGUCCUGGGGCCGCUGAGGCGCCCAGAAGCAUUUCGCCGGUUUGGAAUGAGCCCUCUGAAGGGAAUACUCCUAUAUGGCCCACCAGGCUGCGCCAAAACCACUAUUGCCAAGUGUCUGGCUGCCGAGUCCCGGAUGACGUUUGUGUCCGUUUCGGCUGCUGAAGUUUACUCUCCCUAUGUGGGUGAUUCGGAGAAGCUGAUUGCCAAGUUGUUCAAUCAAGCUCGAUUGAGUGCUCCGGCUGUUAUCUUUUUGGAUGAAAUCGAUUCUCUCGUUGGAAACAGAGGAAUGCAAGGCGUUCGCACAAAUGACGUCCACAUCCGAGUGCUGUCCACACUCUUAACGGAAAUGGAUGGUAUCGGAUCGAGUGUGCAAUCGUCGAUUGGUAGCAGUGUCGAUUCAAAGAACAUUCUGGUCAUAGCGGCAACGAAUCGACCCGAUAUGAUAGACGAUGCUCUACUGCGACCGGGACGUCUAACUAAAUUGAUUCACGUUCCUGCUCCGGACGAAACGGCGCGAUUUGAGAUUUUGAAGAAAGUAUCCGAGGUAGUUCCCCUAGCCCAGGACGUUGAUUUGGUAGAGCUGGCCAAACAGACCGUGAGGUACUCCGGGGCGGAUUUGCAGAACCUUUGCUCUCAGGCCGCGCUACACGCUGCUGCGUUGGACGAAGACGUUCAAAAGGUCGCCAUGGAACAUUUCCAGCACGUUUUGAAAGAAAAUCGACCGUCUUUGACGAGUAAGCAAAUCGAAUGGUACAAUGAAUACGAAGCAAAUCGAAGAAUCGUAUGACAUUCAGAAAGAUUGA